AUGAAUUCCUAAGUAGAAAUAUAAUCUAUGCCUUCUGAAUAGACCUUCUUAUCUUAUGAAAAUGCCUGCCACGCUGGAGUUUAGUAGAAGUUCUACAACAAUUCUUUAGCCUAAAAGAGUGCUGCUGGUUUCCGUGGAGGUGAGUGCAUCCGUAAGAAAGCUAAGAACUGUUAAAUUAAUAUUGUCAAUCCUCAAAAAGAAAUAUCUGCUGCUGAUUGUAUGGAAAUUGAAGAUGAUUGCAAUUUGAAGUAAAAAUAAAACUUUGAGCAGUAAUAGUAGCAAGAUUAAAGAACAACCGAGUGCAAUUCUUUUUCUGACUACUUUACCAGCAAAAGAUUUUAAUAAAUUUAAGUUCUAUUAAAGAGCGCUUCCAACGAAGAAGCUUACUCAUCUAGAAUAAUUUCUUCUAUGAUUAAUAGUUAAAAAUCACCAAGUGACUUCUUGCAAAACCACACAAUAACUCCUGAAAUAAGAGCAAAGAUGAUUGACUGGAUGAUUGAGGUUACAACAAGCUAUGGUUAGAGUGAUUAAACCUUCUUCUUGGCAGUACAAUACAUGGACGCAUUUUUCUAAAACUCUUAAAGAUAGUUAACUCCUCAAGAUUUACAUUUGACUGGUGUUGCUAGCAUGUUUAUUGCCUGCAAAUAUGAAGAAAUAUAUCCUCUUCGUCUCUAAACCUUCUAUGAAAAAAUUGGUCACAAGAAAUUGUCUAUUUCAGAUAUCAAGUAAAGAGAACAAGAAAUAUUGGCCUCUAUAGAUUUUGAUUUAAGUUCUCCCACUAUCCUUGACUUUAUGGCUGUAACAGUCCAAAAAUUAAAUUUAGAAGAACACCUUCUUGACACACAUCUUACUUUUUUCCGUAAAAUGUGUAUUUACCUUGCAAAAAUGGUAUCACAUGAAUAUUCUAUCAUUAAUAACCAUAACCAAACUACUAUUGCUGGAGCAAUUAUCUAUGUUUCUUUUAAAAUCCUUUAAUAAAUGUACAAUGAAUUUAAUCUUGUUGCCCUUAUACAACAAGUUAUCUAAAUUCUAAGCUUAAACAAUGAAGAAAUUCUUAAGGCUUCUACUCUUUUGCUUAAUCUUGCAAGAAGUUUUGAGAGAUAAUAUCCUAACUUGAAUAAUUUAAGAAAAUUUAGUGCAGAUAUCCAAUAAAUAAGUGCUUCUCCCUCUUCAUCUUCACUAAAACCAACAAACCAAUAACAAAGAAGAGCAAAUAACUGA